AUGGUAGAGGAUUACCAAACAACUAACAAUGUUGUGGAAUCAGACUUAACUAAUAUGUUGUUGAAGGACUUGAAUGAACUCCUAAACCUGCACGGUAAAACAAUUGAAGAUUAUGAUCUCCCAUCUUUACCCCCUAAUACAAUAGACAGAGGUGCAAUUCUAAGUAUCAUACAAGAGGAGUUAGCAGUCAAUAUCCCCAAUGAAGAUAUUGAAUUUGUUGCUAAGUUAAAUAAUGAUCAAAUGAUUGCAUUCAACACCAUUAUGAAUGUAAUUGUUCAAAAACACAGUGGGGUAUUUUUUGUUGAUGGUACAGGAGGAACAGGUAAAACAUUCCUUUAUAGAACAUUAAUGGUAAGUUUAAGAAGUAAAGGAGAAAUUGUCUUAGCAACUGCAUCAUCUGGUAUAGUUGCAACAUUGUUACCCGGUGGUAGGACUGCACACUCUCGAUUUAAGAUACCUGUUGAUAUACAACCGAGUUCCAUUUAUGGUAUUCAAAAGCAAAAAGAUCUUGCAAAUCUCAUUAGAGUUGCUGCCGCAAUAAUUUGGGGUGAAUCACCAAUAACAAAUGAAAAUUGUUUGGAAGCCUUAGAAUGGUCAUUACAAGAUAUUUGUAGCAACAAUGCUCCAUUUGGUAGAAAAGUUUUGAUCAUGGGGGGAGAUUUUCGUCAAGUUCUUCCUGUUGUAAGAAAAGGUACUAAGGCACAAAUGAUUUCAGCAUGUAUUAUUCAGUCUCACUUAUGGAAUCAUACCAAGAUUUUGCGUUUGCGUCAAAAUAUGCGAUCAUUGCAUGAUGAAGAGUUUGCAGAAUUUCUUAUUCGCAUUGGUGAUGGUGUUGAACCUACCAAACUAGAUGACAUUGUGAGGUUACCUUUAUAUAUUGUAAUCCCAUGGGAAUGUGAACAUUCCAUACAAGUACUUAUCCAACAUAUUUUUCCUAAUUUAGAAUUACAUGGUUGGGAUGCCCUAUAUAUGGUACAAAGAGCUAUUUUGACACCAACAAAUGAUGAUGUCCAAAAAUUGAAUGAUAUGAUUAUCGACCAGUUUCCAGGAGAAGAACAUAAUUUGUUGUCGUUUGACGAGGUUGAAGGAGAUAAACAUAAUUUAUACCAGCAAGAAUUCUUAAACUUAAUUGCACAAGCCAAACUAGAACACGGUGAAAUCUUUCAAUUAUGUAAGGAGUUGAGACGAAAGAAUGUUGAAACCUGCUUCGACAUAAAAAUAACAGACUUUGAAGAUAAAUGGAACACAUGGAAGGAUGAACAAAGUAUUUCAUCCAUCGGCAAACUCGACAAUAAGUUUUUUAAAUCUCAAGAGCGCAUUGAUAAAUGGAUGUAUGAAAAAUUGAUUCGAAUCUUUAUAAGUGGCCCAUCAUCAUUCCCUAAACCCCCAAAAAGUUCACUGGCUACUUCAAAACAACAAACUGCUGCCGCCGCUCACAAAGACACUCUACCACCGUCCGCCACCGCCAUAGCGGAUACUGCAUUAGAGCGACUGGCUUCUGAGAAUCCUCAUCCUUAG